AUGCAUCCGCAGGACAAUAUCACCGGGAACGCCGGCCAAGGUAAGCGUACAAUAAUUGAUUCGUACACGAUAAAAGGGUUGCACGGGCAAUUCGUAUAUUAUAAUAGUAUUCGUAUCGCCGGAAAACGCGAGCUUUCCCGUAUAUUCCGCGGUAUAUAGUAUGAAUCCAGGUCACCCGAGGGUAUAAUGUAUAGAUAAUAAUAAUUCACCUCGCAAUAAUGAAUUGGUUUUUUUUUUCUACGCGGCUUUUUUAGCGAGCAUAUUAUUAUAUAGGUGUACCUACGUCCUUAAUAUGAAAUGUAAAUAGUAUAAUACAAUAUAUCAGGCAGGUACCUACAUUAUACCUGUUACGUCGUUUUAAUCUUGCAUCACAUCGCCGUUUUCCUGUCAAACACAAAGUUUAUGGUACUAUAGCGCAAUAAACUUUUUUCACAUUAAUUAUCACGUUGUUUUAUUGUGACCUUUAGACAACUAGUAAUGUAGGUAUCGAUCGAAAUCCAUUUCGAAUCGCGUAAUUUAAAUGACAAAUUAUCAUUUAUACACGAAGUGUAAAUUUGCAUGUACUCAUUAGUUAUUAUAAUAUAUAUAUUUUAUGUUUAUUAAAUAUUUGUUUGAGCUUACAAUAAUUGCAUUUAUUAUUAUAAAAUAUAUUUUUAUAUACCUAUAGCAUUAUACCUAAUAUCAAAUUAACAAAAUAUGGGUAACCAUCUUUCCUAACCUAAGCUUUAACAAUACCUACAUUGAUUUUAAUAUUAUGUUUAUGUUCGGUUUUAUAUUUUUAAUAAAUAUAAUUACGCCUAUACCACUUAUCAAAUCGAAUACUCACCUAUUUAUAUGAUACACAUUAUACAAAUAUGGAUUUAGUGUUACAUAAUAGGAACUUAUUGGUAGGUACGUACAAAAUUAUAAUAAUAUUUCUGAAAAAAACAUUAUUUACAUGCAUAAACUAGGUAAUUUCAAAUAUAGAUACAAUAUUAUAAGUAUAUGAAACUAGGUACUAUAGUUAGCUAUUAAAUGUGUUAAAAAAUAUACCUACCUAUAUAUUGGUAUAUUAUUUUAGUUUUACAUAAUUACAGAGUGUGUGAAAUAAUGAUAGGUAUCUUAAAAGACUCUAAUUAAUGUACAAUGUAAAUUCACAGAAUUGGUUUUACAGUAUCUACAGUAAAAAAUUGUUUCUUAAUUAUAAAAAAAAAAAAAAAACCCAAUGGCUUAUAGAAUAACAAUUUUGUCAUGUUAUUACUAAUUUAAUGGAUUAGUAGUUUGUACACAUUUCUUUUAUAACUAUGUAACUAUAAAAUUGUAAAUUUUGAAUACAUUUUACAAUAUUAUCCAUUAAAUAAAUUUUAUUAAACUAGAUAUUUUGUACAAAGUAGUACAAUAUAUAUUUCAACAAGUAAAACUAUGUAAAAUGACAUGCACAAAAAGCUGUAAAAGAUACAGUUAUGUAGUUUUAUUACAAAGACUCCUAUAUAAUUCGUAUAUAUUUUGAAAUAUGAAUGGUGUUAAAAAAAAAUAGAUUUAAUCAUUUUUAAUAUAAAAAAAAUGUCAAAAACAAAAGUAGCUUGAUUAAAAAAAAAAUUAUCUAAAGAAAAACUUUGAAAUACAUUGAAUACCUACAGUAAUACUAAUAUAUUUUGUACUUAAUUUGUUUGCAUCAAAUUAUUAUCUAAACAAAUAACAUUUUCAUAAAUGUUCUAAUUAAGAAAUUAUUGAAUUCGUUUAUAAUCACACAAGAAUAAAGUAUCAUUAACUUUUUUUUUUUAAUUGAAUUUUUUUAGACUUUAUCAUAAUUCAGAUUCAAUAUUUGACAUUGGUAAAUUAAUACAUUUUUUUGUGCACAGAUACAAUAAAAAAAUCCAGAUACUAGUACCUAUAUUAAUUACAAUUCUAUAAUAUUUUCUAUGAUCUACCAUCUACAUAGUCAUAAUACUAUUAUAAAAAAUAAUAUUUAACAUUUUAAUAUAUUUUUUUCUUUAAAAUUUUGGAUAUUAUAUUAGAUAUCUACAAAUGCUUAAAAAAUAAUUGUGCAGUAUUAUUUUAUGAUGUUAUAUUUCCAGUAGAUAUUUAUUAAGUACAAAACAUUGCUUGAGUUUUAUCAUAUUCUUUUCAAAACAUCACAAUCUACUACACCUACAUAAUGUUUUUGUCGGACAUUUUGAUAUACUUAUCUAAUUAUUAAUUGGCAGUUUGAAAAUUUAUAUAGGAAAUAAUAUAAUAACUCAUUUGUAAUGCCAUAAUUCAAUCCAUUAUGCUCCAAAACGACAUAGAUAAUUAAUAAAAAUCUAAAAUUUGUACCUUCACUCAAAUCUAUUGCACUUGUACUAUCAACAUUUUAUAAAUUCCAGAUCACGUAAAAACAUUAUUUGAGAAUGAGAGGUAGCUGACAUAGCAACUUCUUUCUACUUAAAUAUGGUUUGCGCAAACCAUUUUAGUUAGUCUAACAUGACCUUUAACUAUGACUUUCACUAUUACAAAUAAUGCUUUUUGAUUUACAUAAUUCUUGUUUUAAUGGUUUUAAGCAGUUUUAGGUUCUCCAAAAAGCCACUCAACUACUCAGGGUUGUUAUUUAGAAACUGUCUGACUGUUAAAAUAUAGAACCUAAUUUCUACUGUGUAUGCUUUAUAACGUAUAUUAUACAAAUUAAUAUUAUAUUAUAAGAAGUCUUUAUAAUUAAUGGUAAUAUAAUAAUAAAAACAAUAAUGGUAGUUAUGUAAAAUAAUAAAUAAUAUAACAGCAAAAUUAUAUUUCAUAAAAUAUAAAUGGAAGUUUGAAAAAGUUUAUACAUAAAUAAUAUUGAAAAACAAAAUCUAAUUUUGACCAAUCAAAUAUAGGAUUUAACAACGUCCAUGUUUUAACCAGCCCUAAAACGCAUUAGUAACUUUCUAUAUACAUACCUACAACUUUUGAAGGUUAUUGUGUGUGUUUUUGACAUAGACAAAUAUGACAUAUUAUUCUGUUCUGAAUUCAAUUUGUAUAGUUUUGAACAUAUCAAAAAAUAAUACUACCGUAAGGAAUAAAUGUAAAUAUAGUGGUAGGUAUCUACAUUAUUUGAAUUAUAAAAAAAGUAAGUCAAUAAAAUUGUCUUAUUUCUUAAUAUACUCUCAGCUUAAUUUGUACAGCUUUACUUAUAAAAGUUACAUAAUUUUAUUUAUAAUAUAAUAGGCACUUAAAAUAAUUCUCUCAGAUAAAUUUAUGUAUUUUUAAUCUAUUUUUAAUUCAAGUUCUUAUAGUAAUAUAACGAUAAUAUGAAAAUCAAAUAACAAAUACCUACCUUAUAAAAUAUUUGUCUGUAAAAAUUUAAUUUUUUUAUGCUUAUUGUAUCAAUAAUUUUUAGAUUCUAUAGAUAUAUCUUCCUACUUUUAAAUAGAAACGUUUAUUAUUAAAUUUAUCUAAGAUUAUUCUGAAGUAAAAUAUCUGUAUAUUUUUUUUUUCAUGAAAAAUUUGAUGAAGGUACAUAUUUUUAAAAUGGAUAAAUUAUUUACUAUUAUAUUUUAUAAGCAUUUAUGUUUAGCUUAGAAACGGAGAUAGAAACAGACAAAUAAAUAAUUUUAAAUAAUUUCAUAUCAGUAAUAUUUUACAACACUGUACUCUGUCAAUAUGCAAUAUUCAAUAAUUAUUAGUUUAUUACCUAUUCAAAAAGCGCAAUUUUCAGAAAGAACUAUUAAACUUUAGAUUUUGUAAGAGAAAAGCGUAAAUCUAGUAUGUUCGUUGUUACUUAAGAUACAAGACUCUUCACGUCUUGUUAUUGAUCGCGUCAUUGGCCUCUAUUUUUUUUCUUAUUCAGCUAAAUUUAAAUUUAAAAUAAUUUAUAGAACCAAAGGUGUAAUUAUAUCUUCAUUCACAGCUAUAAAUAUUAAAUUAGCUACUAAUCAAUACGAAAUUGUAAAUAUAUUAAACUUAUAACUAUUUAUAUACAUUUAUAUUAAUAUUAAUAGUUAAUUUGAUUAAUAUUUUAAUGGACAAUAUUUUGAUCAUUAAAAUAUAUACAAAAAAAAAUAUAUUUCUUUUUUGAUAAUUGGUGGGAAUGUUAUAAAGUACCUUUCAAAACAAACCCGUACUUCAUUUUCAUAAUCGUCAUUUAUCAUCAGUAACAACCGCAGUCCGCAUUACAUUAUAGUGUUGACAUAUUUGAAAUAUUAUAAUAAUUUCCAAUUAUAAUGUGAACUAAAGCAUUUUACAUUAUUAUUAUAAUGUAUUUAAUUUUCGCCAACAGAAAUAUUAAUGUUACUUAUGAGAUAUUUAACGUUAGCCAAGCCUUAUAUUGAAACAAUAGUCAGUUAUUUUAAUUAUAUAUUUUUAAAAUAGAAAAUCAUUACCUAACAUUUGGAAAUUAAUUCUCCAGAUUUCUAUGAAUUCUAAAUUAUAUUUUAAAAAUAUAUUUAAUAACUACAAUAGUAGGUACCUACAUAAUGAAUAUAGCUGUACCUAUAAUGAAACAUAAAUAUCAAAUUAUAGGUAGACCUACCUAAUACCAUCGAUUGAUGCUUAUACUUACAUAACCAGUAUAGGUUUACAUAGGUUAGAUACCUUAACCUAGUAUUUAAAUAAUAUUUUUGUAAACAAAAAUAAAUCAUUACUUAAUUCGAAUAACGGUCAUUAAGAUUCGUUUACAUUACCUACUAUAAUAUUUUUUUUUUAUAAAAUAGAUUUUAGAUCUAGUUAGUACAUUGAGAAGGUCAUUUUUUGAUUUUUAAAGAGUUUUCAUAAUAAUUGAGGAAAACCCAUAAAAACAUAAGAAAAACGGGAAAGUUUUACUGCAUUAUUACCAUGUUUUUAAAGCAUGAAACUGUUAUGUUUUAAUAUUUUCGUUUUUGUUUUUAGUUGUAAUUUGGUUAGAAAUAAUCGUAGAGACCUGACAAUUUUAAUUGGAGAUUUUGACGAAAAUCGUAAAAAUAACGCUACAAUUCAAAACAAUAUGUAUAAAUACAAAUGAACUUUGCUCAGAAUCGUUUAUUACUAUGAAUAUGUUAUCGUUGCGUACAGAUAAAAAUUAAAUAACUUAUGUAUGUCACUGUUAUGAAUAUAGAUUGUACCUUAUCUAAUUUAUAUUAUCUAUGUAACAUUGUAAUAAUAUGUGAUAAGAUUAUGAUAGUAGAUUAUGUAAUGUGUGUCAUACCGACACAUUCAGUAUUCACUAUAUAACAUUGUUUUUAAUAGUCAAAAUAUAAGAGUUAAUAAUAUUAAAGUGAAACUGUAAAUUGUAUUAUAACACAUACAGAACAGUCACCUUCUCAACUUCCCACCUCUAACAGUGGCACACCCAUUAGUAGUAUCAGCUCUUUUUUAAAUAUGAUUUUUUUAAAAGUAUUUUUGAAUUUUUAUAACUGGUAAUGGGGAUCGUAUGUUUAAACUAUUGAAAGCAUUACCAAUGCCUAUCUAAAAACGUGAUCGUAAUUGUUAUACAAUUAGGAAAUAAAUAGUUCAUAAUAAUUGGUGUUAUAAAAAAUGAAAUAACCUACAUACUCCUUGUAUAGGUAUAUCUACUGUUUAUUAAACUUUAUAUUACAUUUUUGAUACCCACCGAAUUAUAACUACAUAUACUAAUCAAUAUUUUCAAUAUUAUAUCAUGUAACAUGAUACCAUAUAGUGUUGUUAAAAAAAUUUUAUUAUACCCGUAUAUGCCUACGCACGACCCUUAGGUAACUUAUAAAUUACAAAAAUAAAGGAUAUUAUUACAGAAUUUUAGUUACCUACCUCAUAAAUCAUUUAUAAUCCUGAUGCUAUAUAUUAUACCAUGUACUACUUUUAUACAUAAUAAUAAAAACGAUACUUUAUUACUCCAACAACAACAAAAAUUAACAAAUAAAAUAUCUGUACCUAUACAUACAAGGAUUGAAUCAAUUCCUAAGCCGAGAGUUUCGGAUUAGGUACCUACGUCACAUUACUAAUUUACCUCAUAGCUUAAAAAAAAAAUAAUUAAUCAAAGGUUUUUUGUGAUAAAAUUAGUUUGCUUGUUUUUCUAAAAAAUAUAAAUUAAUUAUAUAGCACACAUCAUUGUAAAACUAAUAAAAUAGCUGAUGCAUUUUUUGAUUAUUUUUAAUAUAGCUUGAAGUUUUUUUUCUUUUUAUGCAGUAUUUUUAAUGACCGAGAAAACCUUUUAGAACGUUGUAUACCAAAAUGAAUGAUGAAACAAAUUAAUGAAUUAGUUUGGGUUAUCUCAGAAAUAAUAAAUAACAAUUUAAAAUAUUAUAAAUAUAUUAAAAAUUCGUGUACAUAAAUUUUAUGUUUUUUUAGAUUAUAAACGGAGCUAGGAAUAUUGUUUUACUAAUUAUGCAGUUUUUUUGGCUUUUAGUAACUAUUUUUUCAGAAAUAUUGCUCCAAUUAAAAAAUGACAAGAGAUCUAUUUUGCUGAAUUUUGAAUCUUGCAGGUGCAAUAAGAAAGUCAUUUUUUGAUUUUUCAAGCGAUUUUUCAUAAUUACUGGAAAACUGAAAAGAAUCGUAUAGGAAAAACUGACAAAUAUUUACUUAUUAAAUUAUUUUAAAUUUUUACCAUUUUUUUAUUCUACCAAAAAUCAAACAGUAGCAUAUUUUUUGAGAGAAAAUUUUGUAUCUUAUAAGUGAGUAUAAAGUCGGUUUUUGAUUUUCCGUGUCGUUUUUCAAUAAUAGGGAAAACCUAGAAAAAAGAGGAACUUGGGUGCUGCAGCCUCCCAUAAGAUUAAAAAACUUGGACUAUAAGGAAUAUAUGGCAAAAGUUUGGUAAUAUUAUAACUAUAUGAGUAUCUAUAAUAGUGAGCCUCCUAUAACAUUUAAAAAAUCUUAAAAAUAACUUUUUUUAUCUUAUAUUUCCAACUUCCUAUUUACAACAUGUAGCACACACAAUAUUUAUUUUCAAAAUUGUUUUUCAACUAUGAUAAAUUUAAAUUCAAGUUUAAAAAUAAUAAUAUAAAUACCUACUAAUUAAAAUACAAAUAUAUUAGGUAUAUAAGUACACUGAGGUAAAAAAAUCAUAUAAUGUACAAUACACAUUGUUAUUUACCUACAUAUUAUAUACCUAGCUAUCUUUUCUGUUUUGUACUUUUGAUUAUUCAAAUAAUAAUGAUUUCCUAUUUAAGUAUAGUAUAUUUCGGGUAUCUAAUUUCUGCUGAAUUUAAACUUUAUUUUGUUAUUCUUAAACUUUUAAAAGAAUACUUAUCAUGAACAUUACCUAAGGGUAAGGACUCUUUGGAUGUUCAUACUCGGAUACAAGUUUUUACUUUUUAGCAACAAUGCCCAUAUAUUGUGUAAUAAAAUGUCUAAUGGAUAAAUGCAAUUUUUGGUUUUUUUUUGUUUAUUGUUUAUGAGUUUUCUAUUUUGUGUAUUUUAAAUCGCUAAAAAAAAAAAUAAAUGUUACCUAUUCAAAAAUUUACUUUUUAAACCAGUCAUGUGCAUAUGCAUGCCUGUUGUAUAAUAUAUGAAGAGUUUUUAGAAAUGUAUAAUUUUAAGGAAUACCUAGAAUAAUAUCAUUCAUUUUUAUAAUAUUAAUAUCAUAUUCACCUAUUUAUAACGGACAUCAAUUGAAUAUUUUUGAUAAAGUCAAUUCGGUUGUAUUAAUCAUAUUUAGGAUAACCGAAACGAAAUCAUUGUUACAAAACUUUAUAUAUUAACAUUAUGGAGUCAAGACACAGUUCUAUACUACUAAUUAGUAUUCAUUAUAUAAUGCGUCAAUGCAUGUUGGUACCCAUUCAUGUGUCAUUCAUAUUUUUGAUUUUUCAUUAAUUUACACUUCAUUUACAAAUCAGUAAGUAAUCUUUUAAAAAUCAAAAGUUUUAAAUACAGUAUCUAAUACAUUAAAUUAUAUAUUAUAAAGUUUACAUGCAAUUACUUAGUGUAUACUUAGUAUAUUACAUUACAGUAUUCGCAACUUAUAUACUUUAUACAGAGUGAUUCACUAAUAAUUAUGAAACAGAAAUUAUCUCUGAAGAUUUUAAGCGAAUUUGAUUUCUGUUUUUUUUAAUAGAAACCUCCACAGAUUUAACACACAAAAUAAGUACUUUAUAUUUUUAAAUUAAUUUAACUGCACUAAACAUUUUAAUGUAUUUAAAACUAAUAUGGGAUUUACUAUUUAUGAGUUAUAACAGUUUAAAAUUUAGACCGGAUUAGUAGGAAGGGUAAUAAAUUUCAAAUCCAUUUUAGACGAUCAAUUUAUAACCCUUCUCUACUCCUUCGGUCUAAAAUAUAAAUUUUAUCAUAAACGGUAAAUCCGAUAUUAGUUAAAUAAAAAUGUUUAGAAAAUUAUUGUAUACUUGUAUUUAAAGGGAAGGAGAGUUGCUAUUUAAAAAUCCAAAGUUUAUACACAUUUUAGGUAUAUGGACUAGGAGGAGAAAUUGAAAAAAUAGUGUUAAAUAAAGCUUAAACGGUUCCAUAAUGAUUGAAAAAUGAAAACAAAAAAACGGAAAUUAAAUUUAGGUACUAAUAACUUCCAAAAAAAUCGAUGUUUUUUAAUAAGUGAAUCACUCUGUAGAUAAUCUAAUAAUAAGCUAAUUAAUCAUAUGCAUUGCAAUAAUGAAUCAUCAGUAGACAGUAGGCUAAUUUAUAUAAGUAACAUAUUAUGUUGUUACAGAAUUAAUAAUAUUAUGCUCCAUGAAUUUUAUUAGGUACAAUUUUCAAAAUUAUUUAUAGAAACAUAAUUCCACAUCCACAACUUUAUACCUUGUAUUAUACAUGUAUUUUAUACAGCUUCCCGAAAAGUUUUCCUUUAUGAAUGUCAAAUACUGACAUGAGAUCGAUUACGUAACUUUAGGUAUUCUGUAGUUUUCUCUUGAAAACUCAGCGAACCCAAAUAAUUAUCCCGUUUCAAUCAAACAAAAGAAUAUUGCAAAUACACGUGACAAAAUAAAUUUAUGUAAUACCACACCAUUAAUAAUAUGCAUCAGAAUAUGGUUUCUCAAUAAAUACACUACAAUAGUACAGGUGGCUACACUAACAUUACAAUACCUAUACUAUUUGAUAUAAAUUAAUUAACGGUCUCGUUAUAAUCAAUGUUUCUCAAAAUAGAAUGUACAGGUAGGUAUAAGUACAUUUUUAAUUAAAGUACCUACCGCCGUGCCAAACUAUUAUAAUAAUUGUGCAUAUAAAUAGACUACAUUUUCUUUACAUUAUUUAAUUUAACAUGCCAUCAUAUAAAAUAGUGUACAAUACUUAUAAACGUACUACUUAGUAAAUAAAAAUGGAAAAUGUUAAUAAAAAUAUUUUUUUACGUAUGUAUCAUAAAAAUAUCGAAAUUUAAUAAGAGUAGGUAUAGUAAAUGAUAACAUGCAUACAUUUAAACAUGGGUCGCUAUUCACGUAUUAAAGAAGUCUCUCUCAUACAGUUACUUGUGGUAAGGGCUCCAAGCGCGAUUGUGGUACUCACUUUUUUUCAUUAACUUUUUUAUUUAUUUCAUAUUUUGCCGAAAACGCCACAUGCUUAGAUGUAUAUAUAUUAUCAUUUAUUAUACCCUUAUUCAAUUUCGAUGUUAUCAAGAUAAAUACGCAAAAAAAUAUUUGUAUAAACAAGUUCAAUUAUUAUUUACUUUUUAGUUCAUUUUAGAAGUCUUGAAUCUUGGGCAUGUCUGCAAGGGAAGUGAGGAAUCUAAAGUAACAUGAAUUGUAAUGAAAAUAAACGUAGGAGAAAAGAGAUGGAUAGGAAGACCGAAAAAGAGGAGGUCGGAUGCGAUUGAGAAUGAUAUGAAAACAACCGAUGUAUGCGAGGUGGGAAAUCGGAUAUAUAUACUGUCUUAUGAGUAUUAUUUUAAAUUGACUAUUGGAUUAUAAUGUAUUAAUAUAUCACAACUUACAGACUGAUAUUAUUUAAAAAAAAAAAAUUAAUACGAUUGACAUUUUUUUUUUCAAGCUUUCUAUUAUACUAUCUAUUUCAAAUGGGAGUUAACACUAAGGAAAUUUAAAGUAUAUCUAUAAGCAACGAUAAACUAUUGCUAACGAAAAAACGAUUCUGAACGGAGUUCAGUUGAUAGUAUUGCUUUGUCAACAAUAUAUUAUAAUAUGUCAUAUUAUGGUAAAAUAAUUAUAUUAUAUAUUUUCUGUAAUAAUAUUUGUUUAAUAUUGUACCUAUUUUCCUGUUUUUCCUAGAUUUUACCAGGUUUCCCGUCGGUUUUUUUCAUUUAUUUUAAAAACUCUAGGGAAGAUCAAAAAAUGACCUCCUUAAAGUACCAUCCCAAUCGGAUUUCAUUUUAGAAAUAGUGCAAUAAUUGUAAAUUAGAGCAAAAUUGUUGGUAGAAAAGUUCUCCAUAAAAAAAAAAAAUAAUAACAAUAAAUAUUAUUGUAAAACCAAUAUAUUCCUCGCUCCACUCAGAAUUUAAAACACUUUUCGAUAACUAAGCUUCCGGAAAAAACUAUUCUAAAAAAGGUUAAAAAUUUAAAUUUAAAUAUGAGCUUGUAUUUGUAAUGUUUCCUCUUACCAUAUGAUUUUAAUUAAUUAAAAUUUCCAGGGCAUUGAACCGAAAAAUUAAUAAAAUAACCCCUUUAGGGAACCCUCUGUGAUCAACCAACUGAACAAAAGCUUAAUGUGUCUGUUAUAUUGAGCAUGAAAACUUACACCAAAAUUAUUUUAACCUACAAAACAACCAAAUUAUUGUUAUUUUUAACAGAGGAGUAAGGGAUUUCUUUUUAAAAUUAAAACUAUAAAAUUAAUAGGUAGAACUAGUCUUGUACCAGUGAUUAUUGACUCUGUAAAAUUUAACCGGGGGUUUAAUUUUACAAGUGAUUUAAAUUUUAAUAUCUGAACAUUUGAUUUAGAGUGGCAAUUGUUUUAUCAUUAUAGUGGUAAAAUGUUUAGAAAAUUGUAAGUUUUCAGCAAUUAAUCAUUUUUUUAGAUUCUAAGUGGAAUGAGGGAUUUAUUUAUUUAAUUGGUUUUCACAAUGAUGUUUUUUUUUCCUGUGAACAACUUUUCUACCAACAAUUUUGUCCGAUUAACUAUGAUACUACUUUUUCUGAAAGGAAAUCAGUCUGGGGAGAUACAUUAAGGAGGUCAUUUUUUAAUUUUCCCAGCCGUUUUCAUAAUAAAUGGGAAAACCGGAAUAAAAACAUGGGAAAUUAGAUACCUACAAUAUUAAACAAAUAUUUUUGACAAAGCAACACUAUCAAUCGAACUCCGCUCAGAAUUGUUUUUUCGUUGGUAAUGGUUUAUCGUUACUUAUAGAUAUACAUUAAAUUUCCCCUCUACUACCUUCCUAACUUCUCACCUAUAACAGUGGCUGCUCCCGUCCUCAUUAUCCUAGGACAGCUUUUUUUCCUUUUUUUUUUUUUAUUGAGAUCUUAGGUUAAUGACAUAUUAUAAAUAUUUAAUCGAUAGCGAUUGUACACGAUUAAAGAUGUGUUAGCCCCAGUGUUAUUUUUAAUCUGUAGCAAUGUAGAAAAUAACGUAUCUGAGUCGGGAUUCCUGAUGACUUGUGUCAAUGUCCACCAAAUGAUUAUAUAAAAAAUAUUUUAAAGUUAUUGUAUAAAUGAAUGUUCAUGUAUGCAUUAGUAAUAAUUGUUGUCCAACAAACAUAAAAUAAUUUCAUUAAAAAAACAAACCUUCGCACAAUGGGUGGGCCACUGUUGUAGGUGUGCAAUUUGAAAGGUAGAGGGGAAAUUUAAUGUAUAUUGGUAUGCAACGAUUAAUCAUCGUUUUCAAAAAGCGAUUCUGAGCAGAGUUUGGUUAUACAUGUUUAGAAAGACCGUAAUAUUUAUGAUUUUAAAAUAUUACAUUUCAUAAAAUUUCCCGUUUUUCCCAUUUAUUAUGAAAAUCUAUGGGAAAAUCAAAAGGUUAGGUUAGGUUAAGUAAAAUUUAUUUUCAGAAAAUGUAUUGCAUUUUGAUAUCAAAUCAAAAUAACCGGUAGAAAAGUUUUUCACAGAAAAAAAAAUUAUAUAAUCAUUAUAAAACCAAUAUAUUCCUCUUUCCGCUCAGAAUCUAAAAUUUAAAUAAUUUGUAUGAAUAUAAAUUCCUAUUUACAUAAAUAAAAUACUUAGUUUACCAUUUUAUUAUCUAUACCUUUAGGUAUAUGAUUAUUAAUUACAAUUGAAUACAGAACAUCUAAUUAUUUUUAUGCAUUUUGAUCUUCAUGACUAUUCAAAUGACAUUAUGAAGUUAUACGUUCGUAAAAGAACUAAUAUCACUAAUUUGAUACAAAUAAUCAAUUUAUAUUUCAUUCUCCUGAAAUUUGGGAUCUAUCACAUACUCGUCCACCACCACUACUCUAAAAUAUCUUGGGCUAUAGGCCUUAAAUAAUACUAUUGUCAUGUCACUGUAUUACGUCAUAUAUUAACGUUUAUUAUUUUUUAUUUUAGGCCUCAUUAAGAAUUUGGACAAGUUUAGUUCUAAAAUGUGGAAGAAAUGUAACAUGAUUAAUUCAAUCGAUCAUUCACCGCACCCUACGUGGGAUAAGGUGUGCGUUGAUCAACUUGUGUGGUCAUUUAAUAUACACUCAUACGGAUUUGCUUGCCUCUUUUUUAUUUUAUCAUUUUAUGCUGUAUUUUCCAUAUUAAAUAUCAGGUAAAUUUGUAUAAUAUUUAACUUAAGUAUACCAUUAAGAUUAGUUGAUAACAGUGUGCUUACAUUUCAUGGAAUGCAGGUAGGUAGGUAGUAGGUACUAGGAACCAAACAGUACGGGUAAAUAGUUUCGUUAUUAGGGGAGGAAUCAGGAUGACAUUUUUUAAUAAUUUGUAAAAUAUACAUUUUUUUUUAUAUAUAUAUAAAGUUAAAUUUUGUUUUAAUUAAUACAAUUAAUAUAAUAAUAAUAUUGAAGGGUAAAUGGUUAUUAGGGGAUACUUGUACUCCGUUUUAUCACCCCUGGUGCCCUUUUACUGACUAGAACAAGACGAUAAAAUUAAUUUUAAAAAUAAAUAAAUUAAGUAAAAUAUAUUGUCUAUUAAAUAAAGGAAUUUUAUCAAGAAAAUGUAAAAUGUGGUUUGGAGUACCUAUGUGAAUCUAUGGUUUAUCUUAUAUUAAAUUGCAUUACAUUUUUACAAGGUUUUUUUUAUUAGUAACUAAUAACGAGGUCGGUACUUACUUAAAAGUUAAAAUGUGCAAUAUCCUCAAAGAUUAUUAAUGUUUAAUUUGUAUUCUUGAACAAAGAAGUAAUAAACCUUUUGCCUAGUUAAAACACCAAGUAGAACUAAUAUAGCUUCCUCACUUUGUUAAGAACUUAAAACAUCAAUUUACAUUUAUAAUUUAUAUAAUUAAAACUUGUAAAAAAAAAAAAAAAAAAAAAAAAAAAAAAUGAGAAAUUUUAAUUAAUGAUAUUGAACGUAAAUAAAAUCCACUUUUGAAAUAUUUUCUAUAAAAACGUGCAUGGAAUGACUACACAUUUAUAUCUAUGUAAAAGUAUUUAACAAUUUACAUGAAUUUAUAUUUUAAAUUUCAAAACUUCAUAUUAAUAUACUCGUAUUCAAACAUAUUUGACAAUUAGUAUGCAUUUUUAUUUAAAAUGUAUAAACUUUAUUUUAUUUACAAAAUACACAUCAAUGAGAUUGACAAUAAGCAUUAUGACAUAUUCUUUGUACCUAGUGCAAGCUGCAAAUAUAUAGGUAAUUCUUGAAUAGUAUUCUAAUAUAUUUGUGUUAAAUUUAAUUAUAGAUCACAAACGACCACUCAAAAACCAUACAUGACAGCAAUUAAUGUAUUAUUAUUAGCAACUGGUAUUUGUAGGGCAUUUGUGUUAUUUGUCGACCCAUAUAAUACAAGACGGGUAAGUUUAUGUCAAUGUUUUAUGUGAUAUAUACUUAAUUCAUCUACUUUACAGAAUAUCCCAUCCGUUGUCACACAUUUGACAUGGGAUCUAGGCUUAUGCAGCUUAGUGACAGCUCUAUCAUUAUUACUGUUAGCCUAUUUGCAAUUAACACAAGUCAGUUUGAAUUACAUUUUUAGUAAUACCAAUUAAAAAAAUUAGUUUUAAAAUAUCAUUUUUGAUUUAGUUACAAGCAGGACCUUCAAAUAUGAGACGAAAAUCGGUCGUAGUAACAGCUACUGUAUUAACUGUUGGUGUUCUUGUUCCAGCAGAUAUAGUUGCAGCCGUGGAUAAUAAAUUAUGGGUACUUAUUAUAUUGAGAUAUCUAACAAAUAUGACUUAUUAAUUAAAUAUAUUGUACUUUUAUAAAUGGUUGUUUAAUCAGGUUUUAGGGAACGCAGUGCGUAUUCUAUUACAUAUUUGGGGUAUUUGGAUAUGCUCUUUCUUCAUUUAUUUGGGAAUCAAAGUAAUGACGCUCGUUAAACGCAUGCCAAAAUCAGUCUUACAAAAUUUUGAUUCAAGACACAAGGGUAAGUGUAAAACAAUAAAAACAAAAAUAUUUCAUAAGUUUAUUAAAUUAUUAGUUUUAAAUACUUACUAAUAUUUGAUGGUUUAAUAUUACUUUAUACCUACAUAAGAACAAUUUAAAAUACUUAGGUAUUAUAAAUUUGAUAAUGGAUAAAAAAUCAUAUUUAAAUACCUAGGUAUUUAUGUAUAAACAAAAAAACAUUUCAAUUAAUGACUAACACUAAAAUUUGAUACCUAUAUCUAUAAUCUUGUGUAGGUAUAAUGCAAUUAGGGAUAUUAGCACCAUACAAUAACUUAGCUACCUCUAUGGCAGCCGCAUUAGUUCCAGCACUUUUAGUUCCACACCAAUCAAAAUCAGAUUCAAAAGAUAAACCUAGUAAGAUUGAUAAAAAUAAAAAUAUUAAAUAAAGUACCUUACCAUCAAGUAAUAACUAUUUAUAUUUUUCUUCUAAUUAUCAUUUAGCUGUCAAAAUAACAGCACCAUCAGAAGUAGCAAAUAGCUUUAAUAGAAUGAAUCGGAGAGCUAGCAGUUUUGUGCAAAGACAAAAAAGAUCUGGAUCAUUGUUAAGUCCAACUACGCCAUCAAGAAGGUCCAGUGAAGUUCAAAAUAUCAUCCAAAGUAAUUAAUUAAUUUUAAUAAUAUAAUAAUUAUAAUGGUUAAACUAUUAAAUGUUUUUUAGAGCGACUAAGUUGUGUGGAAGGGAGUAAACAAUUUCUGGCAUUAAGUCCUAACAAUAAUACUAGUGACAAUACUGAACCAGAAGAAAGUUCAUGGCGAAAAAGUUUUGCUAAAUCAAUAUCAUGGCAAUUUCCAAAAACUGGAGAAUCGAGCACUGCAAAUGAUACUUCACCAACAACUUCAUCAUCGUUACUUACUCCAUUACAAGUAAAACACAUUGUAUACACGUUUUUGAAACGUAAUUUAUAACUCAUUAUAAUAUUUUUUUGUAUUCAGCCCCAAAGAAGUUUUAGACUCAAGUCUACAGGACAAGCUGAUCAGGAAACCAGACCUACAACCAGGCAUUCGAGUAGUUUUUCAGAUUUAGUUAGUGCUAAUUACAUACUAUAUUAUUUUAUUUUAUUUAUUCACAAAUAUAUUUUAUGCGAUUCUGUGCAUGUUAUUUUAGAGUUCUGAAAUGAAUUUAAGUACAAUAUUAAAUCACAUAGCAUUUGUGAAUCGAGGAAAUGGAACGGGAGAUGCUAAAAUGGAAAAUGUUAGAAGACGUGCUUCAAAGGUCGCAAUCACUAAAUCUGAAAUUGUUUUGGUGAUAAAAACUGUGCAUGUCUGUGCAGGACUUGCUAUGUUAUUAUGCUUCUUUAAUUUUGCAACGGAUAUAAAUUUGAUUGGUAAAUAGGUAUUAAAUUAUUAUAGUAGUAUAUAGUAUAUACGUGUACAGUACCUAUCUACACACAAUUUUUAAAAACAAUUUGAUUUUAAUAGGUAACAUUUUUUUAAUAUUUUUACUAAGUAAUAUUUUUUUAAUGGCUAAUCUAGGGCUGCCAUUUUUCCUGAUUUAGCUGGGACACUACCGGUUUUCGACAUGUUUCCCGAUAUUUAUUUAUUAAGGUCCGGCCGAGACAGUAAAUAAUACUGGUUUUCUAAAAUAAGUUCCGCGUCUUCAAAAAUGUAAAUUUUUACAAAAACCCCCACACAAUUUAUUUUGGAUAUUUAUAUUUUAUUUCAGAAAUAAUUUUUAGGUAUCGGGUAUUUUGUUAUAUUUAUGAACUCAAAUAAUUUGAGAGGCUAUAUUUUAUCCAAUGAUACAAUCAUAUCUACAAAUAAUACAGGUUCUGUAAAUUUAAAUAUAUUCUUAUUAUUGAUAGUUCGAGCGCCCAUACAAAUUUUUUUAGGGAAGGAAAAAUUUAUAAUGAUAACCAUUUAACAUACCAUUACUUUUAAAUUUGAAAUUUUUUUCGAAAAUCUAAGGGGAAAUGCACCUUUUCCUGGAUAGUCAAUGGAUAAAUUUAAUACCUACCUACUGGCAUGCAUAAAUAUUAUUAUCAGAACUUAAGAAUAUUUUUUAAAUUAAAAUAUACCUACGAUCUACCUAUUGGCUGUUAAUACCAGUUAUUUACUAAAUGUGUAUGCUAGUAAAUUAUAUCGACAUUAAAUAAUUUAUUCACUUAUGAUUUAUUGUUUUUAGGAGUUUAUUCAUAUCAAAAACCAUGGUGCUGGCUUGUCGUACAAAGUGUAAUACGAAUUUUGGAACUGUCAUUAGCGUGCAUGUUAGCAAACCUAACAAAACAACCAGUCAACGUUAUACAUCACACUCAAUAUACCCAUCCAUUGAGAGCUAAACUUCGAGGGUCGUUUUUCAUUUAAACUCCAUACAAUUAAAAAUAAAAGGGUUCAUUUUAUAACUAAAAAUGAUACAAUCACUGAGUUAAUAUUAAGUCUGAUGGGAAUACUACGCAAAUGAGAUCGGGACCAUUAUUUCAAAUAUGCAAUAACGGAUUUUACAUUAUAUUAUAUACUCGAGAUAAUAUUAUUUUUAUUUUCUUUCUUGUUCACUACGUUUUUACCAUUUGCGUAGUAUUCUUUAAGAAAUAUACAAUCGAUAUUUUUAAUCUUCUCUCUGUAUCCCUCUCACUCUGUCUCUUUCUUAAUACAUACACUCAAAUUAAAUAUGAAUAGGUAGGUAUAUAAUAUUAUAAUUUAUAUACACAUUUCUAUAUAUAAAUCUUUUAAAUAUUAAAUAGAUCAUCUUGAUGAAAUACUUUAUGAAUGUUUCAUUUGUUGGUUAGAUAUAUUUUUAGAAGUUUUAUGACGUUAAACAUUUAAUAUAAAUUGCUUUAUUUUACACUAUAUUGUUAAGUAUAAAUAACGCAAUCGGUAAAAUAACAUGAGUUACCAAAAGUAUUUUAUGUUAAUAUAUUAUAUGGGUGUGUGUGUGUGUGUUGUGUUUGUAUGUAUAUGUAUGUUCAUGUAAAGUGAUUCAGAUUCACCAUAAGUACUUGUAAGUAGACGUAUAUAAUAGUGUAUUUACACAUUUUUACAUGGCGAGUUACCUAUAGUUAUUAUAAAAUACCUAUUUUUAUAAAUUAAAUGGCUCUAAUAAUCCGAAUCUAAAAAAAAAAAAUUCUUAAAUAAACUAUCCAUCUUUUUGUAUUCAUUAUAAACAAAAAAAUAAACAUAAAAACCCUCUUUGUUAGUACUGCACACUAUUAUUUUGCAUGG